AUGGCCUCUUCGCAGCCCUUGUCCCCGGACGGCUCGUUCGAGGGGCAUCCGUCGUCCGACAUCUUGGCCGCCCUGGCCGCCCACGCCGGCCAGAUGCAAAACGUCGCGUCCGAGUACAGGACCUUUCUCGCCUCGCCAGACCACACCGGCACCUUUCAAGACCACUCGUCGAGCGACAUUGCAGACGCGGUGACAAAGUACGUGCAGGAGCACCAGGGCCAGGGAUGGCCGUCCGACUUUGAAGAGGCAGCCGCCGCAGCCCCGGCCUCGAACAACGUCCUUGCGUCCUCUGCCGCCGCGGCCGCCGGAUCGACGCCAUUCAAGGCGCUGCCCGCCACGUCGUCGGACCUCUCGACAGCGGGCGCCUUCUCCCUCGCCGCCGAGAUCCGCGCGGUACAGUGGAUCAGCGUCGUCUUCUGCUUUGUCUGGAUCGCAACGGGCUUCCUCCUGGUCCUCUUCGGCUGGGCGUCCUGCUUCUGGGGGGCCAAGAUGGGCUCGUCGAGCCAGCGCAUCGACGAAAAGGCGCCGACAAAGGCGCGCAAGAACCGCGUGCGCCACGUCAUCUGUUCGGGCCCGCCGCUGGCGGGCGGCGUCGGCGGGGCGCUCCUGGGCUUCCUCUUUCUCUCGUUCCUCGCCCUCGUCGCCACCUGCGCCAUGUGCGCCAAGGACUCGUCGAGCGUCUCGAGCGCCGCGCUCGUCGUCCUCUGGGUGCUGCCCGGCCUCGUUGGCGCGCUGCUCGGCGGCCACUUUGCCUUUGCCGCGCGCGUCUUUGCCGGCCUCCUCGCCGGGCCCUGCAUCGCCGUCGUGCUCACGGCCAUGUUUGGCAUCCACACGCUCAUCAUCCGCGUCGCCGUGCUGGUCGUCUUCACCUGCCUCUUGACCGCGCCGCUGCUGGUGCCCAACCGCAAGGUGCUCCACUUCCACCUCGUCAACGCCUGCACCUCCAUCGUCGGCAUGACGGUGCUCCUCGACGGCAUCGCCCUCUACGCGCCGCCGCAGCCGAGCUCGUACGCCUGGAUCGACCUGUGGGUCGUCCUCUUUGCCUGCGACGCCUCGGCCUCGCUCAACGCGGCGACGAAGAAGUGGGGCAGCUCGUGGUUCAAGGGCUACAUUGCGGGCGCCGUGCUGGGCGCCGUGCUCGGCUUCAUCUUUGAGCUGCUGCUGCACCGCUACGCCGCGCAGGACCCCGAGUCGGAGUGGAACGAGUACCUCGGCAGCUACACGGAGCGCUUCGAGAACAACACCGCCGGCUUCCUGCCCGGCUUCCUCGGCGGCGGGUCCAUCAGCCAGCGCGCCGGGUCCUUUGAGCCUUCGCCGUCGCCCUGGAGCCGGCUCGGGGGCAUCUUUGCGGCCGGCGCCAGCAAGCCGGCGUCGUACGGCAACAUCCCCUCGUCCGGCCAGGACCUCGAGCGCUCUCCGCUGACCGAGCGGCCGGGCGGUAUGCGCCAAAAGCCACGGCGCAAGCCCCGAUCCCGCCGCGCCAGCGCCAAGACGGCCAACAAGGGCGGGCCGGCCAAGUUCUCCGCCCUCUCGAAGCGCGACGACGACGACGCCUUUGAGUCGGACUCGGAUCUGACCGAGUACGACAGCGACGGUCCCUCGGCACAGAAACUGCGGUUCGACGGCGACAAGGAGGGCGACGAGCAGGACGACCUCGUCUCGCCGCUCGCGCAGCUCCAAAAGGUCUCGGCGACGUCGCCGUCGCUGGAAAACUACCGCGGCUACGCGCUGCCGCGGCCGCCGUCGUACCGCACGGAUUCGCAGGGCGCGAGCUCGACGCUGAGCGGCUCGACGGCUGCGUCUGGCAGCAGUGCCGGCAUCGGCUCGCGUGGCUCCGACGGCGGACUCACCACGCCCGGAGUCGCGAGCGUCGAGGCGGAAAAGGCGUUUGCCGUGUACCGCGACGGCGAUGCUUCGCCGGUCAAGCAGCGCUUCAGCUCGCCGCCGCCUGCCACCUCCUCGCCACCGCCAAGCGCAGCAUCGGCGACAGCAGCUGCGGCGGCGGCAUCGACGGCGGCUGUCCCUGCCACGCCAUCGCUCAUCAACGCCAUCACGCGCAUCCAGGCCGCACAGGCGCAGGCCAAGGCGUGGCAAGAAGCCCAGAGCCUCGCCACCGCAGCGGCGGGAGGCGACGCCGCUCCGUACGGCGUCCAACCGCUCAGCCCGCCCCCGGCCACCAAGGCAAGGCUCGAUGACGGGCAAGGCGACGUCUCCCAGUCCGAGGCUGGCGCUCCAAAGACGUUUGACAGCUGGUGGCAGGCAAAGGUCGACGCCAAGGCCGAUGCGCCGCCACAGUAA